AUGACUCAGUACAAGCUGGUUGCACCUUUGCUUAUCUCGCUUUGUCUGAUCGUGCCUUUGACUCAGGCCUCCAAAUUCCAGUACUGCGAUAAGAACAAGGAUUAUGCCGUUAAAGUAACCGGAGUGAAGAUAAGCCCAAAUCCGGUGAAGGGAGGGAAGCCAGCGACCUUCACUAUUUCUGCAACAACAAAUGAAAAAAUAACUGGUGGGAUAUUGAGGGUCAGUGUUAGAUACUUCGGACUUCCUGUGUAUAGUGAGGAUCAUGAUCUUUGCGUGGAGACAUCAUGCCCUGUAACUGGUGGUAAUUUUGUGGUGUCUCACUCUCAAGAGUUGCCUGGAUUCACUCCGCAUAUGACUAUUGAUUCAGAACUUGUGCCAUUGUGCACAAAUGUAGGUGGGGGGAAUAAAUAUGAUGUUGUGGUCAUUGUUGAAGGAACGACUACAUAUUUGGUGCAAAAUGACUGGUUCACCGAUGAGAAUUAA